AUGGACGUUUUAAAAUUUUCUGGUGUUAUAGUUUACUUAUUAACUUUAGUACACGGAGAAUUAAUAGUGGAAACGAGUACAGGCAAGGUCAGAGGUGUAGAAGUAUCGUCUAUUAUAAAAAAUGAAAAAUUCUAUUCAUUCUUCAGUAUACCAUACGCCGAACCACCGACAGGUGCUAACAGAUUUAUGGCACCAAAACCGCACUCUGGUUGGGAGGACAUUUUGGAAAAUAAGAAAGAAAAAAAGCCGUGCGCACAUUUGAACUUGCCUUACAGACCUAUAAAAAACUAUGGUUUCUCGGGAAGUGAAGAUUGUCUUUUCCUUAGUGUGCACACCCCGAGGUUACCGACGAAUAAUGAAUUGAAAAUGCCUGUCAUCGUUUUUCUAUAUAACGAAAACUUCCAAGUUGCCUAUAAUGCGUCUAAAGAAUACGGUCCGGACUUUUUUAUGAAAGAAGAGGUCAUUAUAGUGACUCUCCAACACAGACUUGGAGCUCUAGGAUUUUUAUCUUUCAAUGAUAACUUGUUGCCUGGUAACAACGGAUUAAGAGAUGUUCUACUGGCCCUUAAAUGGAUUCAAACAAACAUUCACAAAUUUGGUGGAGACCCACAGAAAAUAACUUUAAUGGGAUCUGAAGGCGGAGCUGUCAUUGUUGACUUAUUGUUGCAUUCCCCAAAAGCAAAGGGUUUAUUUAGGGCUGCCAUAAUGCAGAGUGAAACUUCGUGGAAUAGUUUAUAUUUGCACUCUAACAAGCGGGAGAGAGCAAUUGCUCUAUCAGAAGCUAUCGAUGAACACGCAACAACAAGCUCCUUUUUGCUCAAAAGAUUAUCUCACGUAUCAGCUGACAAAAUAAGUCAGGGCGAAAGAGCUUCCGUUCAUGCAGACGAAGCUCGGACAUAUCAACGAGGAGUCAUUCCAUUCGGUCCUGUUGUAGAACAUGAUCAUCCUGAUGCUAUAAUUACAGAAUAUCCAGAGAACAAAGCUAUUGAUAUUGAUAUACCAAUACUGAUUGGAUAUAACUCCCGAGAAAGUAUUGAAAGCUGCUACCACUUUUUAAAAAAGCCAACAUUUCUUACUUAUGCCGAUAGAGAUUUACUUUUCCUCUUUCCAUACAGAGUUAAUCACUAUUUCGAAAUGAACUCACAGGUAUAUAUGAAAGCUCAAGAAGAAAUAAAAAACCACUAUUUCGAUGAGGGCUAUAUUAAAAUCAGUAAGCCAGGGGAAUACAUAACCUAUAUUCAAGAUUUAUUAGUAUUUUAUCCUUUGGAUUAUGCGGUGCGUAAAUAUAUUAACGAAAGUAUGUCGUCGGUAUAUUACUAUACAUUUGACUUCAGUGGCGACUUUAAUUUAAGAAAACAAAUAAAUUUGAAAGAAGCAGUAACUAUAGACGGUACUUGGGGUGCUGCGCCCGGUGACGAACUCUGCUAUCUGUUCGUAUGUAAAGCACUCAAAAAAUCUUACAAGAAAGCAAUGGAGGACCCUAAUUCAGAAGAAAUGAAAGUAAUAAGUAAUAUGGUCAGAUUAUGGAGUAAUUUUGCGAAAACUGGAAACCCUACUCCGCCUGGUGAUGAGAUACAAUGGAAACCAGCAACUAAAGAAAACAAAGAAUGUCUCGUCAUCAACGAUGAGCCAGAAUUGAAAACUAGACUAUACGACGAAACAGUCACCUUCUGGGACAAUUUCUUGGAGAAAUAUUCGAAGUUAGCUAAGGACGGUGUUAUCAAAGAUCUAAAAGAUGAAUUAUAA